AUGGAGAGGUCUUGGGCGGGUUUGAUUAUUUUGGGCCUCGCUGCUUCAGCACACAGCUAUGACAAUGAGGUCCUGUUAAAGCUGGAGAGCCCUGGCUACCAGCACGUCCAGGGUCCGGACGGUCUCCACCUCGAAGACCUGUGGCUAAAAGUUAAAGACCAAAAGGAGUCUGACCAAUACGAGCCAGAGAGAGACAACGCAUAUCACUUAUUCACCAGAUCCAAUCCUAAGACCAGCCAGCCUCUCGUGUUAGGAAGCGAAAAUGUACUGAAGGCGUCUAAUUACGACGAGAAAAAACGUACUAUUAUAUUAGUACAUGGAUGGAGGAAUGUCGCGACCUCAAACUUCAAUGCUUUGCUAGUUCCGGCUUUCCUCCAGGCCGAGGAUUUGAAUGUCAUCAUCGCAGACUGGAGCAUCGGGGCAGCCGGCAACUACGUAGUGGCCCUGCUGAAUGUUUUUAAAUCGGCCAAAGCUGUGGCUGGCUUCAUCGAAUGGCUGAACCGGACCAGCGGCUCCAAGGUCUCUCAGUACCACCUCGUGGGGCACAGUCUCGGCGGACACCAGGUCGGCAUCAUCGGGAGGCAUCUGGGUGGAAAAGUUCCAUACAUCACUUCUCUGGACCCAGCAUCACCAGGCUGGAAUUUAAACCCUAACAGGUUUCAGUCUACCGACGGAAUCUACACGGAGGUCAUACACACUAACGCUGGGCUCAGAGGAUUUCUACCCCCCCUGGGCGACAUGGACUUCUAUCCAAACGGUGGAGUCGAGAUGCCUGGCUGCCAAGACUUAAGCUGCAGCCAUCAUAGAUGCAGCUUCUACUUCGCCGAGUCGCUGAAGACGGGUGGAUUCACCGCUCGGAGAUGCCGCAACUUCGUCGAAGCCGUCAACCAGCAGUGCAACUUGCCGGAGACCGCGCAGAUGGGAGGCUUACGGCCGAAAACCGGCAAAACUGGCAUCUUCCAUUUGCGCACAAACGCCGGAUCGCCAUUCUCGUUAGGAUAAAUAGUGCAACUUUGAAACAGC